AUGUUAACCCUCCUCUCUCCCCACUACAAAGCCCAGGAGGUUACAAGAGGUGACCUUGUCAUCGCCUCGACGGCGUUCGGCUUCACGCUUGGUUUCGGAUGGUUGACUGUCUUCAAGGCCAUUAGGCAGACCUGGCAGGUGUAUCAGCGCCAUGGCCGGCGGGUGUUUCGAAAUGCGUAUAUUAUUAUGGUCUGGGGGGAGUUGACGGUCUGUACGAUUUUUAUGGUUAUUUGUAUCUUGCAUUUACUGGACGUUAUACCCCCAAGCUUUGCAUUUUAUUUCACAAUUCUUACGACAUGGGCUCUUCAGGUCCAAUUCCUCCUCCAAAUCAUCGUCAACCGAUGCGGCAUCCUCCUCACCAACAAAAAGAAAGCUUACCGCCUCAAAGUCCUCAUCGGCACACUUAUAACGGCCGUUAAUAUUUCCGUCUACUGCAUAUGGAUUCCGGCGCGAUUGCAAGUAUCGGACCGAUACAUUCACAUCAACGAGUGGUGGGACCGAUGCGAAAAAGUCAUCUAUCUCAUUGUCGACGGCUGUUUGAAUUUCUACUUCAUCCACAUCGUUCGCAAAAAUCUUAUUAUUCACGGCCUUACGAAGUACAAGAGGUUGACGCAUUUUAAUAUGUUUAUCAUUGGGUUUUCCCUGAGCAUGGAUGUCCUUAUUAUUGCCAUGAUGAGUUUACGAAAUACCUUUGUAUACAUGCAGUUUCAUCCACUAGCAUACACUGUAAAGUUACACAUUGAGAUGUCGAUGGCGGAUCUCAUACGCAAGAUUGCUCGCGACAAGCAUUGCGGCAUCAUAGCCGACGGCACAUUCUCGACCAAACGAGACUGGCAGAACGAGGCGAGAGAGGAAGUGUUUCGAAACCAAGACGCAUGUUUCGUUCUUGUUCACGGCGGACUGGAGAAUAUGACAGAGAUGACUAUCCAGAACCGUGUUGAUGAUGAUACCAAUUAG